AUGCGGUCACCUCGGCACCUGCAGCCCUCGUCCCUCCCACAGCAGCAGCUGCAGGAGUCGGAGCAGCUACAACCGCCCCAGCAGCCCUCGCGAGGGCGGCGGCAACGGCAGAAACAGCAACGGCGGCGGCAACCACAUCCGCAGCCGCCGCAGCCGCAGCCGCAGCCGCAGCCGCAGCCGCAGCCGCAGCACCACCGCCACCAGCAGCAACAGCAGCAGCAGCAGCCGCAGCCGCAGCACCCGCGUCAGCAGCAGCAGCAGCAGCAACGCCAGCGUCAGCAGCAGCGUCCGCGUCAGCAGCAGCAGCAGCAGCAACACCAGCAACCACCACAGCAGCGACCACAACCGCGCAGGCCGAGGGAGCAGCGGCAGUCCGGCCAAUCGUCUCAGGAGUCUGAGCCUGCUCCUCCGCCGCGACCUACGCUGUCCCUCACCUCUGCGAGCGAGCGCCAAAGACAGUUGGCGAUUCAUCAGUUCACUGCGGGGCUGAAUCCGGGUUUCGCUGAUCUUCUUGCUGAAGCACAAGAGAAGUUCCCUGAUGGUGCGUCGCCUGCCUUUGGACGUGCUUCCGCAGAUCAUCUCACCCAGCAAGCGCUUGCAAUACUGCAGGUGGAUUUGACUGACAUCCUCGACACCACUAGCCUGAUCCAGGCGAUGAAGCGCUACAGCUCCUUUGCGGGGACCGAUGACCAAGGUUCUCGCAAACCGCAUCAGCGCUCCUGCCCCUUCACGCUCGCGCGCGAGCUCGAUCCCUCCGUUGCUGCACAUCAUCUCCAGACCUGCAAACGCCGAUCCUCCAAGCUUCCCACGGCGCAUGACAACCUUACUCGUACGAUUCGGUCGAUGCUGAACGAAGCUGGUCUUCAGAGCGUCAUCGAUACAGUGGGGGAUCCUCGUUCUCGACGGCAGGUACCCUCCCAUCCUCAUGGCCGCAAGAUGAAGGGCGAUAUCCACAUUCCUGGAAUCCGCGAUCGAGGGUCCGAGCAGUACGAGGGCUUGAUGGCGGACGUGACGUUGGUCCACCCUUACAUUGGUAGCUCUGCCGACCUGACCAAGUGGGGGGAGGUCAACCUCGACGCCCUCCAUGUUGCAGCGUCUGAGAAGAUUCGCAAACAUCGCGCUGCAUAUGCCAUGACUACUCCUCCUCGAGCGUUCAUCCCUCUUGCCAUCUCGACGGACGGUACCCUGCAUCCUGACACCCUCCGCUUCAUCCGGUAUCUCGCGGACAUCAUUGCUCAGCGCUCAAUGCCUCUUGAGGAUGCGGCGUUUGGUCGGCACUUCGUGCCUGAUGACGGACCUGCUGCUGAGGUCUUGGCUCGCAAACGCGCCGCCACCUAUCAGCGCCUCACCAUGCAGCUGACGCUGGAAGCGCUCUUGCCUGGUGCGAGGCGCAUGACGCCCUUGCGGGCGCAAGCACUUCUCGAGCCAGAGGACAGCUCCUCCUCGGACUUUGUCGAGUCGCCCGAGGAGUCUUCGCCGGAGGUCUCCGACUCCGAUGGGGUACACCCUUCGAGUGGCCCCGACGAUCGGCGCGGAGCUGGCGAGGCGUCUCCGUCCCUCACUGUGACGUCGGGUGCCUCCGGAGAGCUCGACACCACUGGGGUGCUUGCUGCCUCCCCGGCAUCGGUCGGCGAGGAGGACUACCUCGAGCGGUACCGUGUUCCUGUGUCCAGCCUCCCGGCUCCGUCCGCUGCCCCAGGCGGACCCCCGGGCAACGCCGGCUCCUUGUCGGCGGCUGCCCUUUCUCCGUCCGCGGCCGCCCGCUUUGUGGCGGCAGCGGACGUCUCGACUGACAGUGGUCAGUCGGCUGCCUCCGGGUAUCGCGUCUAA